AAGUAUUUUUUCACGUCCCCAGACAUUGAUGCAAUCAGUCUUUGACAAAAUGGCAACGAAACUAGCUCUUCUUGCUAUCUUCGCGGCUCUUACUCAUGCCAUACCUUUGGCAAGGGAUUUGGCUACUGACAUCAGCGAUGCCAAGCUCAAAAUUGGAGUUUUCGAUCUCCAGGUGGUUGAAAUGCUCAACCGCUUAAAUAUUUUGGAUGUGUCGCUUGCCCUGCCUGUCGAAGACUUAGCUCAAAAUAUCUAUGCUAACCUCGCUCUUAUUGCUGACCAGACAGCUAUUGCGCCAGUGCGUGAAGCAUUCAAAGUAUUCAGAGAUGAAUAUGAUGGAAACUCACAAGACCAGAGGCAGCUUUUGGCUCAACGGCUACGCACCACCCUCUCAAGGAUCAAUGAUCAACUUGACAUUGAUCUGAACCAGGUCCCUAGCACUACUAAUUUGCUCAGGGCUGAAAUUGCAGACCAUGAUGGAGUCUACAAUGCGCUGUGGGAUUCUGUUUAUCUCCGCACAGGAGAGGCUAAAACAGCCAUCGACAACGCUGUCAACGGCCAGGAUGGUCCAGAAGUCGUCCUUAUUUACUCAGACCUGCAGAAGAUUUAUGACAUUUUGAGUGCAGAGGACUCGGAAACUUUCAACGUCAAGAUCGUUUUUGACGCUCGCGGUUCAGAUACUCUUGCUGCACUUGAUCUUGUCAUUGGACAGAUUCCCUAGUUGCUGAAAGUUUUAAACGCAAUAAACAGUUCUUCAUACUAUA